AUGGCACACCUGCGUGCCAUUCUCCACAUUGGUCUCGUGUCAUGGAGCUACGCCCUCGACGUCGUCAAGGACGAUUUCCCCAGCAUCCAAGCCUUUUUGAGGCAGAAGAACCUGACGGAAAGAACGUUCGACACUAUUUCCCUUCAUCUGCACGACGUGACAGCGAGCCGCCUCGGCAAUGCCAGCCGGUUUUCUGCAAACCUGAAGAAGCUGGUUACCUCUCCUACCUACGCGAAAGGCAACUUUCACGCACUUGCAACUGCUCAGGAGAAGCAGCGCGGCCUGCAUCCUGACGUGCCAUGGAACAGCUCGGUGCUGUCUAUCUACCUGGGCCACGACAGCAGCUUUGCCUUAAGCCAUUCUGGUCGGGUCCAAUGUGUGCUGGAGCUGGAACGCCUCUUUAAUGUUCGCUACUUCGAUGCCCAGAUCGCGUCGUUCGAACAUAACAUGGGCUACGUUGCUUCAGUACUGCAGGCUUUGCGGCAGUUCCGCCAGCACUGUGCCCAGCACGGGCUAGAGCGAGAAGGCCCGAUCCGGAUUGACUUCGGCGUGAUUGUUCUCGGGGGCCAGCCGAGGGGCGACACCAGGUCGAUAGCACAGCUCGUGCGCAGCGAGUUCGAAGUCAGCGAAUGGUAUUAUCUGGACCACCAUCAUGCGCACGCGCUGCUCGGAUUCUACGACUCCCCCUUUGAGGCGGCGCUGGUCAUCUCCUACGAUGGCGUUGGGAAUGACGGCUGCUUCAACGUGUACUUGGGCCGCGGCAGGGAGCUUGUCCGGGUGGCCCAGCUCGACAUCGACGUGGGAUGGAGGUACAACGUGCUUGGCACUUUGCUUGCAGAAGUCACUGGCCUCACCGAGUCGCACGACUUCAUCUGCCAGCGAGCCGGCUUUACCCCUCCAUAUCCUGAAGGAAGCCCCAAGGAAUUCUCGGACGUUGGCGAGUACAUCUAUGAGGUGGAGCCAGGGCUCUUCGGGCUUAGGGUUUUGGGUCUGCUGACUAACUGA